AAAAAUGCUGCCCAGAGUAAACUUUACAGAACUGUUCUACAGCCACGAUCUUACACUCCCCUGGGGACUGGUGUAUGUACACCAUUUUACUGAGGAGGUAAAGGACUCCAUGUGGUGAACUGUCCAAGGUCACAAUCAAGAGCCCAGUGCCCUUCAGCUCAGCCCGAGGCUCUGUGCAGAACAGGGUUUCCCUGGGGGCAAACACCAUACCCUGAUCCCUGCUGAAGGACGAAGGAGUCCAUACAAAAAACCUCAAGAGCCUCCAGCCAACCAGAGCUGGCCUGCUCAGAUCCACCCUCUUCCAGGUGAUUGGCCCCAGAGCGCUGCCAGCCCCCACGGCACCUGGGGCCAGUUUCCUCCAGGAGGACCCGCCCUGGGCAGGUUCCUCUCAGUCCAUCCCUGAUCGCUCCCGUGAGCCUGGUUCCUGAAGCAGAGGGGCAGGAGCUGCUUUGCCACUUCUCCAGCAGGAGGCCACUUCUUUCCUGGCUCUGAGCUGAGAGAGUCCUUCGCAGUCUGUCCUAUCAGCCUCUCGAUAAUGGCGCUCAAAGAGGGACUCGGGUGAGUGGGGACUGCUGACUUAAGAGGGGUCCAGUCUGGUGGCCAGAACAGUCCAAACAGGAGCUACCAAAGCUAGCCACUGAGUACUAGCUGAGUCACAGGUGCUGGGAAAAGGUGACUCACAGAGGGGACGUCGCCCGAGCGGCAGAAAGACGGACAGUCCGUACAGAUGGACACCGAGACCUGACCACUGGAGCUUGUCCGGGCCACUCCGGGCUGGCUCUGCCCGGCUGCAGCCCAGUGCCCAAGAUAAGUAUCGGCCUGCCCUACCCUGGUUGGGAGGGGGCUGGUGAAGAGGGCAGGGAGAGGCCUAUGAAUUAUAAGGCAGGCUCUGGGACUUGGCGCCAAGAAUACAAAGUCUAAUAAAGCAAAGAACCCCAUAGCCUUGCAGGGUAGACAGUCUCCAAGGAUGGGAGGAGAGGUUUGGAAGAGGUACGGAGGUGCAAACUGGGGGAGGGGGGUUGAAGGUGAUGUCAAGGAAAUUGCUGCACAAGAGCAAGCUGGCACUGAGGAAUGAUUCGGAGCUUGCUGGCAGAUGACAGGAAAGGCGCAAUCUACAUAUAGAAUGAAGGCAACAGCUAGCUUAGGAAACUUCACGGUGCAGGGUGAAGGAUGGACCCUUGUAACUGAGGCCGGAACGAUGAGAGGACAAGCCUUGCAGAGGAUUCACCUGUUUGUGUGACAUGGGAGCUGUUAAGGCAAGAUGACUCUGGGGGCUGUGUAGGGACUGACCAGAAGCAGGAAGGGAUCUGCUGCAAUGGUCCUGGUGACGGACAAGUAGAUGAGGAGACUGACGCGCAGAGGGCCUGACCUUGCCCAAGGCCAGACAGCUAAUGAGUGUCGGAGCUGGGAUUCAAACCCAGGAAUGUGGCCUCAAUGUCUGUGCUCCUUACACGUGGUUCCUGUCACUAAAGACAGGAGCACACGGCAGGGGAGGGGAGAAUGCCCCCCAGGAAGAGCUCGUCAAAAUUCUCAACACUUGGGGCACUUCCUAGAAAACAACUAACCAUGGACAAAUCCCAAAGCCCACAUCCUCUGAGCCACGAAUGGAGGAACCCACGGGCCCAGUGACUGGAGCCGCCACAGACACAUGGUCUCUGACCACAGCCAGCCCAGAGACUGGUCUCUAAGACCCAGGCAGCUCUUAACCCCCAGUCACCAAGCCACAAACGCCCCUGCACCCUCUCCUGGCCUUCUCCUCCUGGCCAAGGUCGGUCUCACCCGGCAUCCAGGCUAAGCACCCCAACCUCCAAUGUUACCGCCCCCGCAAACAUGCCCAAAGUCAUGGCCUGCAGCACUGCUGAGGAAAGCAAAGGACUGACCAUCUAGAUGCCCAUCCUCAAUGACGCCUUCUCCAAUCAGGGGCACAUUAGGCAGCUGGACAAAAGGGGGAGGACGUUCCUUCAGCACCGAGAUGGAACAGCCUCCCAGAUGCAAUGGUCAGUGGAAGAGAAAACUGCAGAACGGCUUGUCCACUGUGCUGCCAUUUGUGGGGGCAACAAAGAAAAAGGAAGAGAGAGGGAGAGAAAGAAUUUGCCUGUGCAUGUAUGAAUCAUCUCUUUUUGUUAAAUUUUUUAAAUUUUAGGACAUAUCAGAUAUUAAAUUGGUAAGAACAGAUACUACACUUGAUCUUAGCCAGAAGGCAGAGAAGCGAUGCGUGAACCACCUCUUGCAGGACACACAGAAACUGGUAACACCAGCUGCCUCCACGCAGAGGAACCACUCGGCAGAAACAGAAAACACUUUUCACGUGGUCUGGAAGAGAAUCUUCUGGCGACGGAUCCUACUUGCACUUGGCCUCUUAGGCCUACUCCUGUAUGGGCUCCCUAGUGUCAGGCAUCUGGAAGUUCUCAUCCCUAUGGGUGUCUGCCCAGCGGCCACAAUGUCCCUGCUGAGAGACAACUUCACAGGUGUCCUGCGUCCCUGGGCCCGGCCUGAAGUCCUGACGUGUACCUCCUGGGGGGCUCCCAUUAUUUGGGAUGGCACCUUCGACCCAGAUGUGGCCCAGCAAAAGGCUGGACAGAAGAACCUCACCAUUGGGCUGACUGUCUUUGCCAUAGGCAGGUACCUGGAGAAGUACCUGGCGCGCUUCCUGGAGACGGCCGAGCAGCACUUCAUGGUGGGCCAGCGCGUGGUGUACUACGUGUUCACCGAGCGGCCGGCAGCCGUGCCCCGCGUGGCGCUGGGCCCGGGCCGCCGGCUGCGCGUGCAGCGCGUGGCGCGCGAGAGGCGCUGGCAGGACGUGUGCAUGGGGCGCAUGCGCACGCUGCACGCCGCGCUGGGCGGGCAGCUGGGCCGCGAGGCGAGCUUUGUGUUCUGCAUGGACGUGGACCAGCGCUUCAGCGGCGCCUUCGGGCCCGAGGCGCUGGCCGAGUCGGUGGCGCAGCUGCACGCCUGGCACUACCACUGGCCGCGCCGGCUGCUGCCCUUCGAGCGCGACGCGCGCUCGGCCGCCGCGCUGGCGCCGGGCGAGGGCGACUUCUACUACCACGCGGCCGUGUUUGGGGGCAACGUGGCGGCGCUGCGCGAGCUGACGGCGCACUGCGCGCGGGGCCUGCGGCGGGACCGGGAGCGCGGCCUGGAAGCGCGCUGGCACGACGAGAGCCACCUCAACAAGUUCUUCUGGCUGCACAAGCCCGCCAAGGUGCUGUCGCCCGAGUUCUGCUGGAGCCCGGAAAUCGGCCGGCGGGCCGAGAUCCGCCGCCCGCGCCUGCUCUGGGCACCCAAGGAGUACCAGCUGCUGCGGGACUAGCGCCGCAGCCAGUGCCACGGCGCGCCCGGGGCGAGUCCGGCCUCGGCUGGCGCCUGGCCCUCCCUGCCUCCCGGGGCCCGGCGCCGGGCCCGGCCCCACCAGCCGGGAUGCCAUGGGCACCGUGAGCGUGUGGAGUGGAGUCACAGGACGGAGAGAUCCUGAAGCCAGUCGAGGUCCCUUCUGGAAGUGGCAUGGCACCUUGGGGGGCAGAGGGAUACUGGAUGAAAAAGGCCCUACUGCCCCUCUCGUGUGCCCGUCCCUGCGAGUGGGAGGAGGAGGUCCUGGCCUUGGGGAGCCUCUCCCUUGAAAAGUCCCCUCCCUCACUUUAUUUUUAUUUUUUCUUUUUUUAAUCUUUUUUUCUUCUUUUAUAUUAUGGGCUGUAACCAGCCCUUCCCUCGCUUUCAACGGUGGCUGAAGCACAACUGCAAUAGUGCCUCGCACAAGCAGUCUAAUAGACCUUUACGGCUUCUUGGGCAGAUGUUUUAGGCUCACCCUCCCCUCCUUUUUAAACAGGGAGAGUGAGGCAUGAAGAGGCGGGGUGUGUAAAAAGGUCACCGCCCAGGGAGAGCCAGGACUGGCCCUCGGGCCACUUACAGCUGCCUCUGGGCAUGAGGCGCAGGGGGCAACACAGGUGGGCUCUGCCUUUUUACCUCCCCUCCCCAUAAGCAUAGUUUAUGCUUAUUUGAGUCAUGUUAUCGCAGAUAAAUUGUUCCUGUGAGACAAAGUAGCAAACGUAAGAAGCCACCGACUGCUCAUCUCUGCUUGCCAGCUGCAUUUCACAAAGCCAGUGACUCUGUGACCUGGAGCAGCUCCCCGGAAAGAUGCUUUGAAGACAAAACAAUUUAGAGCACAGGGCCCCCCACGUUUGUAUUCGUCCUGGCCUUUUCCUACACAUACGUCUGAGGAAGUUAGUGGUGAUGCUUCUGUAAACUGUAACCAGAUGUACUCUAAAUCUCCACCACCUAUAUAUAAACCGAGCUAAAAUACUGCGUUAGAACAGUUCGCUAGAACCUCUCUAAAAGCUGCUCCCGGGCUGUAGACUUUAGUCUAUAGUCCUCAGUAAGACCUCUAAAUAAAACUAACUUAAAUUCU